AUUGCCUUUGAAUAAAGUCAAAAUUUUGAUGUUUUCUCUCAUAAUUUCCCAACUGGGAAAGGCUGUUUUGUAUGUGUUGAAUCAGCUGUGAUAGUAGCAUCUUAUAGAAGAUUCAGCGUCUGUUUUCCCGUCAUUACGCGGCGCAAGCGGAGGACAACACGGCCAAGGAGUGCGGAGUGCCAUCCAAGAGCCAACAGCAGCGUCUCCCCAAACCACAACUGCGCAAAUACCUUGGCCACGGCCACCAAGAAACACGCCACCACCUGCUUCGCGGUGGCCGUUAGGACGUGUCUGAGCGUCCGUUUUCCCGUCAUUACGCGGCGCAAGCGGUGGAUAACACGGCUGAGGAGUGCGGAGUGUCAUCCAAGAGCCAACAGCAGCGUCUCCCCAAACCACAACUGCGCAAUACCCUGGCCACGGCCACCAAGAAACACUCCAUCAUCUGCUUCGCGGUGGCCAUUACAGCGUGUCUGAGCUAUCGCUACUUUAUUGAGGAGCCGCGCAAGAAGAAAUACGCAGAAUCCUUGGGAAUGCCCCCCAACGGUCACCCCGCGCCGCCUGGAGAGGACAUUGAAGAUGAUGCCCAAGGUGAUGGUGCAGGUAAGUUCAUUUGGUUCGGUUAAGGUUUUCACCCGAUAAGUAUUCUUUGAUAAGCAUCAUGACACAAGUGCAAACUAUGUACCAAACGGAAGUGAUAUGUAUCACAUUUCUUAAAUUAUUUAUGGAAAUAUUUAUAGGAAUUGUAGCCAAAAUGGCGCUUUGCUGUGAAAUGUAGUGCUUUGGCUUUCGCUAGCGUGAUUACAUUUGCUUUUAAGAAUGGUUCGCAUGUUUUUACUUACUUUUAAUAAAAAUCACGAUGGAUUUCAUUUGGAUUGCGAAAUUGAUAUGAUUAUUGUUAUUACGGCACAAGAGCAGACAACCCCAAAGGGACUUUAUGUCUGGUCGAACAAAAACAAGCGCUAAUGUGGAUGCUUAAGACAGAUCAACAGAUUUUAGUAGGAAUUUGAAGGCAGGUACAGAGCUCGCAUUAAGAAUUUUGGGUUUAACAGUAAUGAUUUUUUCAAGAAGACUCUUUAACGGCCACUCUCUAGUCGACUCUCCUUGCCCGUGCAGCGUCGUCUUUUUUUGCCGGUUUUCGUAAAUUGUAGUGCAUGGUGUUUUCUUUUACUUUUAUCAUGUCCGGGAAGCGGAAGCUGAAUCUUGUUCCAGAUCUGCACAGCAACACCGCAUCGCUCUGAUGCCAUCGGUCGAAAGCGUUGGAUUGCUAAUGGGAUGAUCUGUUUCAAAUUGCUGCUGAUAUAUUUGCUGACUGCUAUACUACUGCUGUACCAAUUGGCAUUUGCUAAUACAUAUUGUACCUUAUUGCUGUACCUGAUUCUAUUUCUGAUAUACUGUACUAGUGCUGUACCAUUUUUUAAUACGUACCCAAUUGAUACAUUUCCGGAACAAGCAUGGAAGUCAAUGGGGCCCGCGGAACUCCCUGCCGAGAAUUGCGUUCUUCACAGCGCGCAUGGGACAUACCUGUCGUUCUCAUCCAGAAAGAAGCAGUGUUAAGCCAAAACAAGUCUAUUAACCAAAAGGCCCGGCUGCUAGCAGUGUCCCAGCCUGAAUCCGGACUGUGGCUUAACGCCUUACCAGUGGCAAGCGUCGGCACUUUGCUGUCAAAUACCGAAGUAAGGAUAUCCAUUGGGCUGCGCAUCGGCGCCCCAGUAUGUGUCGAAUAUCGAUGCAAAUGCGGCAGUACGGUUGAUGUUUGGGGAUAUCACGGGCUGGGAUGCAAGCGUCUUAAACGAAGAUUUCCCGGCACAGCGAGGUUUUUAUCCAUCGUGCGUGUGGUACGGCCAGCAUCCCUUCAGCUCUGGAACCUCCGGGCCUAUACCGCGACACUCUGAAACGACCGGACGGCAUGACUUCAGUCCCUUUCUGUCAUGGAAAAUCGUGGGUCUGGGAUGUCACCUGCCCGGACACCAUGGCCACUUCCUACCUUGCCAAGACGUCCCAGGAGGCCGGCGCGGCCGCCACCAUGGCAGAGACAAAGAAAAGCCAGAAGCACGAAUUUUUGCGGGAUAAUUUCAAGUUCUCUGCUUUGGUUUUUGAAACAACAGUUAUUACUGGACAUUGAUCUCGCCAUUUUUUAAUCCUCCUUGAUCGUCUUGUUGCGCCGAGUGUGACUGCUUGCGUGAAGCGAAAGAAAAAUACUGCUUUCAGUAUCCCCUUCGACACAAACUUGCCAAUAUCAUCGUGAGCAUAACUGCUUACUGCAUCACUCUGCCUGACUCCAACAAUUUUAUCGGAAAUCGAGUGCAACGUUUUAGCAGCUGCAUUACUAACGAUGUUUCAGAAAUGCCGAUACGGGCAGGCGCCCAACGCCAACGACGCCGUCCAGCAGCUGCAGCAGUUGCAGGUCGACCAUGCAGCGCUGCAGGAGCUGAAUGCAGCACUGCAAGAGGUGAAUGUGCAGCUCAUGGGCGCUUGGGGGACCGCCCAAGCAAUACUGGCCGCUCGCAGCGCGAGGAUCAGCGAGCAGGGCGCUGUCAUUGCCCAGUUGAGCGCCACUGUCAGCACCCAAGCCGCCGUCAUUGCCGAGCACGACGCUUCCAUCCGCAUGCUGCAGCAGGAAUUGGCGGCUGUGCGCGCUGAGAUGGCGCACCUGUGCGCCCCGAAGUCCAGUGUACAGUUACUGGUGGCUGACGACACCAAGUUCGGGAUCAUCGUGGUGGACGGUAACGGGGCGCUGUUCGGGACAUUGCAGGGCAACACGCGCUGCAUCCUUGUGCAGUUUACCGUCGACUUGCCCAAGAAUCACGGGCGCGGCGGGCAGUUGACGCUGCUUUUCGCGCCUCAUCUCGUGAAGAAGCGACACGACUACCUGCGCAAGGUGGCCGAGACAGCCGUCACCUGCUUCAUCACCAAUGAGCAAGUCAGCGUGGCCGGCUUGGUGCUGGCGGGGAGUGCCGACUUCUAUACGGAGCUGGCGCAGUCCGGAUUUCUCGCACAGCGUCUGGAAGCCAAGAUCGUGAAUACGGUGAACAUCUCUUACGGCGACGAGCAGGGCUUCAACCAGGCCAUCGAGCUGUCGGCCGACUGUCUGGCACGCGCCAAGUUCGUCCUGGAGAAGAAGCUCAUCGGUAAGUUUUUCGACGAGGUGUCGCAGAAAACGGGCAAGGUGUGCUUUGGUGUGGACGAGACGGUCCAGCGUCUGGAGUCGGGUACGGUAGAGACGCUCAUCUGUUGGGAGAACCUGGACAUUAUGCGUUACGUCCUGCGCAACACCAGCACCGGCGAGAAGCAGAUUGCGUAUUUGCCGCCCAAUCAGACCAACGACAAGAGCAACCUCACUGACAAAGACACUGGAGCAGAGCUGGAGGAGGAGGAGAAGAUGGCGCUGCUGAAGUGGCUGGCCAAUGAGUACAAGAACUUUGGCGCCACGCUGGAGAUGGUCACCGACAAGUCACCUGAAGGGUCGCAGUUCGUUCGGGAAUUCGGUGGGAUCGGCGGCAUGGUGCGCUGCAAGGUUGAGCCGCCGCACUUCGACACCAGCCUCCUCGAAGACCAAGGAUCCGAGCACGACUUCGAUCUGGACGCCUAUAUUGAUUCGAUUUAAUUGGACCGUUUGAGAAAGCAGCUCGAAAACAGUGACAAGAUAUGUGCUUUCACUUUUCUAACUGAACUGAACUGUUCUAACUUUUCGUGUUUCUCUACAUUUCUUUUUUUCCCACAUUUAUUUUGAAGGUAAUUAAUUAUUGAAUUUCACGCCAGUCCUCAGUGAGCACGCGACUGUGUCCGUUCAUUGACUGAAUGCAACGACUAAAAUCACACUGCAUCUUGGUGAUUUAUUCCCGGUUAUUCGUGGUAGAUUUUUUUUCCAAAUUAUUCGGAAUUAUUCUUAAUUAUUCGUAGUUUAUUGCAUUCUUUAAUUUAAUAAUAAUAAUAAUAAUGGUGAA